AUUUCACACACCCCUCCACAACUCAUUCUUCUUGUGACUCAUCCACUUAGGAGUGCCCUUCCUCCACCACUAAUCAACCAUGUUCAUCCAAUUCCUCAUCUUUUCCCUCCUCUUCACUCCCUUCACGAUCAUCUCCACCAUAGCCCAUGACACCGAUGAUUUUGUGCGCACAUUAGACCGCAAAAUGUUGGGUUUGGACGAAAAGAAAGAAAAGUUCAUCCAUUUCAGGUUCUAUUGGCAUGACGCGAUGAGUGGACGCAACCCUUCUUCAGUUGAAGUUGUGCCACCACCUUUGAAGAACUCAACCACGCGCUUUGGAUUGGUGAACAUGCUCGAUAACCCUUUGACUUUGGGACCUCAAUUGAACUCCAAGUUGGUGGGGCAAGCACAAGGGUUCUAUGCUUCCACGUCACAAAGUGAGUUUGUUUUGCUCAUGGCUAUGAAUCUUGUCAUCACCGAAGGAAAGUACAAUGGCAGCACCAUCACUAUUUUGGGGAGAAACCCUAUUUACUAUGAGGAGAGGGAGAUGCCCGUGAUUGGUGGAAGUGGCCUCUUUCGAUUUGCUAGGGGAUAUGCUAAACUUAGAACUUACUGGUUCUCACCCUCCACCAGAGAUGCCAUUGUUGAGUACAAUGUCUUUGUUUUGCAUUAUUAUUGAUAUAUGUGUGUUGAUAUGCAUUACUAUGUGUACGUAUACAUGAGAUCAUAUUAUUGACAUGCAAUACUAUGUCUACGUAUGACAUUUAUUUUGGUUUUAUUUCUUUCU